AUGGCCGGCGGGACGGAAACAGCGAACGAGGACCUGCAAUCGCUCUACAACGCCGUCCUGCAGGGAUUCGCGAACGAGGACCCCGACGCGCAGUCCACGACCUCCUCCCCGCGGACCACACAGCUGAUGGCAAGUCCAGCCGGCGGGAGAAGGCCCUUGCCCGCGGUCCCGAGGGUCGCGCAGAGCGUGUAUGACAGCAUACCGCCCCCGCCGCCCAUGCCGACCAAUAAGCGCUACGCGAUGCCCGAGCCCGCGCCCGCUCCUGCGCCCGGAUAUUCGGCGCCGAGCACGACGAUGACCAGUAACGGCCAGAACGGCUUUAGACGCGGACCAAGCUUUCGUCCUCCUGGUGCAGGAGCAUCACGGAUACCCGGCAGCAACGAGAUCCUGGACUCGCCCGUCCCCGCAUCGCCCCCUCCGCCCCGCGCAACCUCGUCCUCCUCCUCCAGCUCCUACUUCCCAAACGACAUCAAACAGUCACAAUUAUACAGCACGUCACACCACUCGAUGCCCACGCCCCAACCCGCGCAGUCGUCACUGGCGCCGCCACAGUCGGACCUGAGACAGGUGCCGUCGAGCGAGGAUAUUCUGGCGUCGGGAAGGGGAGGGUUCGUCAGGAGACUGUCGACCGAGAGCGACGGUUCGAGACUCAUGCAGGGCGCGGGCGUGGACCGCAAUUCGAGCACGGGCUCGAGCAGGACGGGGACCACGGGCACGGGCACGCUCACGAGGAACCAGACGACGUCGACGUUCGCAUCCUCCAGAAGCCCCGCGGUCUCUACGCCCGAUACGUCCGAGUUCGGGUACCCCAUCGACUACAAGGCGCGAUACACCCCGCCCGCACCCGCUCCGGCACCCGUGCCGCCGGCUGUCACGACGCCGACGUCUCAACAAUCCAAUCAACACUCGCCUAGCGUCUCCAUCUCUGUUCCCUCCCCAGAGGCCGGCUCCUCGGGUCACAGGAACAACAGACUGGUAGACCAAAUAGCGCAUAUGAAAACGCUGGCCGAUCCUUAUGAGCCGCCUGGGUCAUCGUACAAUGGCGAUGCCCUGCUCGACGACGAGGAUGCUAUCUCAUUCGACGAUCUCCCGUCCGUCUCGGACGAUAUAUCCGCAUUCGUCAACUUUGCUUUGCUUUCCAAUAUCGCGGUGUGGCUGCGCGAUGCUGUACCCCGAGGAACGCAUGUCAAGGGUUCUAUUCCUUAUCCACGAGCGUUUACUGGAAAGGAUAUUGUGUCAGCGCUCGCGGGACAGGUCAGGAGGGAGUUGAAUGGGAUUGGAGCGGGGAGUCAGGGCGAGAGGGAAGAGCGAUGGCUGGCUUUGCAGCUUGCGAGGUCAUUGCAGAGUCAGCUAUUCUUCUACGAGGUCGAGUGGGGAGGCAAGGCGUUGAGGGACGGAGUCGAGGACGUCUACAUGUUCCUUGACGAGGGAGGGGACGAUUCGGCCAGGGAAGAGCUGCCCACCGGCGUCGUAACCGUGCUUACACGGUGCUAUGCGCCUUCAUGUAUCGACGGCUCUCCAUGCUACUCCUUCGCUUGUCCGAGGCGCCCGAGAGCGGGUCUGGCACCGCCACCGCCGCCAUCGGGUGUAGUGGAAAUAGCCGACGAAGAGAGAUCGGGAAGCGACGAGAGGGAAUGGGCGGAGCAGGUAGACGGAGAGGUGUUGAGGAGUCUACCGAAGUCUGAGGUCGCUCGACAAACGAUCAUCCACAAGUUGAUCACUAAAGAGGCGGGAUAUGUCCGCGAUCUCGAGCUCAUCGACACACUCUUCGUCCGACCCAUCCGAUACGCCAGCCCACCCGUAUUCCCGACACCAACAGAGCUCACAUCCUUCCUGGACGACGUCUUCGGUGCUUUACCGCCUCUUCUUGCGGCCAACAGGCGGUUACUGGACAUGAUGAACGUCCGGCAGCGCGAACACUCCCUCGUGAUCAAGCGCAUCGGCGACGUCCUGCUCGAAGCAGCCACAGAGUUCAGGACAUGUUACCCGCGUUACGUCGCUGCUCUCCCUUGGGCCGAGAAGCGCGUCAAAGAGGAGUGCGAGCGCAACCACGACCUUCGCCUUCUACUUGACCAAUGCCUCCGCUCACCCGAAGCGCGCCGUCUGGACCUGAAGACCUUCCUCAACCGACCCGCUGAGCACCUGGCGAAGUACGAGCUCACGCUCGAUGCGAUCGCCAAAGAGACCGUGGACGGCAAUCCUGAUCUGGAGUACCUCCGAGAAGCUGGCGCCGCGUUCAAGAACUUGCAAGGUGUAUGCUCACUCCAAGCAUGGCAACAUGCGAUGGGUCGUGGUCCCCAGGGCAAACACGAGUGGCACAACCUCUUGUCGGAAGAAGCUAGGGCGAAGAUCGACAAGAAGGAGCAGAAGCGGCAGAGUAUCAUCUUUGAGCUUAUCAAGGGUGAGAUGCAGUAUGUUCGCGAUCUCGAGAACAUGGACAAGAUGUACGUGCGGCCGCUGCUCGAGGCGGACCCGCCGAUCAUUCCGAGGGACAAGGUCGACGCGUUCGUGAGAAAGGUGUUCAACAACUUCCUCCAACUGCACGCGCAUCAUCGGCGUCUACUCGAGCGUCUGCACGCAAUACAAGCGGACGAACAUCCCGUUAUCCACUCCGUGACCGCCGCUGUCUUCGACGCCGCGCUCAACUGGCGCGAGGCCUACAUGGAGUACAUCACCAACUACCCCAUCGCCGAAUUCAACAUCGUCUCCGAGAUGGCCUCCAACCCCGCCUUCAAAGAGUUCGUCGAGCAAUGCACGCGGCACCCGGACGCCAACCGUCUCGACAUGAAAAACUUCGUGAACCGUCCCAUCCCGCGCUUGGCCCGCUACGAGCUCCUGCUCAAGGGUAUCGCCGACGCUUCGCCCGAAGGCCACGAAGACCGCGAGAGCAUCCCGCAUGUUAUCGAGGUUAUCAAGGCGCUGUUGAAGGAGACGCAGCCGGGCGUCGCCAGUGCGGAGCAGAAGGUCGAGCUGUGGAAGUAUAACGCCAACUUGGUGUUCAAGCCGGGGGAAUACGUCGAUCUGGAUCUGCUGGAUGAUAAUAGGAGCUUGAUCCAUGCGGGCAAGUUGUUGAGGCAGCCGGAUACGGGCUUCGAUAGGUAUGGGUGGAGCGAACUGUUCGUGCUCUUGUUCGACAACUACCUGGUCAUGACCAAGCCGAAGGAGCGUGACGGCGUGACGAAGUACCACGUCACCCGACACCCCAUCCCGCUCGAGCUACUCACUGUCACGAACUUCACCGAUCCACCAACCCAGCGCGGCGCUGGUCUCCUGCGCUUCGGCAAAUCCGGAGGUGGCUCCUUGGGCGGCGCACAUCCGGGCGAUUCUCCGCUCCCAACACCCGGCUCCGGACCAUCACCCGACGCAGCCACCGACUCGCGCGUCGUCUACCCGUGCACAAUACAUCACACAGGCCGUCUUGGUGGGCUGUACGUGCUAUAUGCGGAGAGCGCCAGUGCACGCGGGGAGUGGAAGGAGAAGUUGGCUGAGGCGCAGGGGUUGAGGAAGGUCGUGCAGGAGGCGAACAAGGUGUUCGAGGUCGAAACGCUCAGCAUUGAUACCUUCCUCGUGCCGUCCUUCGUCGGCGCGGGCACGGGCGCCAACUCGCCCUGGAACGCCGACGGUCAAGUUACAGGCCAGGUCACGUGCAGCGUGCCCUUCACCACUGCCGACGGCCGCGCGCUCGUGGCGGUCGGAUGCGCCGAGGGCGUGUGGAUCGGCUUCCGCCACGACGCGCGGAGUAUGCGGAGGGUAUUGAGUCUCAAGAUGGUCACGCAGUGCGCGAUGCUCGAGGAGUUCGGCAUCUUCUUGGUACUCGCGGACAAAUCGCUCUUCGCGUACCAUAUCGAGGCGCUCGUCCCGUCUAGCCCGCAUUUGGCCAAUACCGCGCAAACGGCGCAGAAGCUCAACGGGAACAAGGACGUACACUUCUUCAGCGUCGGCAAGCUGGGCGAACGCACGUUGGUCAUCUAUAUGAAGAAGAAGGGCAUGGACUCGAUCUUCCGUGUCCUCGAGCCCGUCGUGGACAAGAUCAACGAGCGUGCGAAACAGCCCGUCAGCUUCGGAUCACGGCUUGGCUUCAGGCAGGCGAGGAGCGACUGGUUCAGGGUCUACAAGGACUUCUUCCUGCCCAGCGAGUCUUACGACUUGAUCUUCCUCAAGGCGCGCAUUGCGGUGCUGUGCACGAAGGGAUUCGAGAUCAUGGAUCUCACGGAUUUCAAGAGCGUCACGAUCCCACAACGCGAUGAUGCAAAGUACGAGAAGUUGGCGAAGAGGUGUGAUUCGUGUAGGCCAAUGGGGAUGUUCAGGACGAGCGAGAACGAGUUCUUGCUCUGCUACGACGAGUUCGGCCUAUUCGUGAACCGCCACGGUGACCCUCUUCGCGACAAGCCGCUCAUCGAAUGGGAGGGCACAGCCGAACGCGUAGCCUGGCACCCACCAUACAUCCUCAUCUUCGACUCCCGCUUCAUCGAAGUCCGCACCGUCGAAACCGGCCGGCUAGCCCAGAUCAUCCAGGGCGAAGACGUCCGCGCGAUCUGGGACGGCCGCGGCACCUCACAGCCUCCCCCGCCCUUCCCACGCGAAGGCCAGCAAUGGCACGAAGUCUUCGGGCUCGAAACGCGGAUACAUGGUGUGAUGCGCGCGCCACCGCCUGAGCCUGCGCCGGGACAGCUCGCUGCGAGGAGACCGCUCGUUGCGCAGCAUGUGUUCGAGCUGGUGCCGACUAUACCGCUGUAUGUGCCCGAGAGGCUGGGUAGUCCUACGCCGCAGCAUACGGGAUAUGGGGGCGGGUAUACGUCGAAUUCGCCGCCGGGGAGCCCGAGGAUGAGUUCGGUUAGCGCGCAGUGGCGAUGA